CUACCAAAAUUCAAAAGCAAGGUCAAAUCUACAACUAUCAUCUAUCACAAACGCCUACCAAAAUUUUGUGUCUAAUAAGAAUUUUCAUAAACAUUAUCAAUAUUUUUUAAAUGUAUAAAUAAUCGACCAAUACAUUCGUGUGUGGUCCAAAGUAUUAGUUUUUUUGGUUGUUGUUGUUCCCUUCCAUCAUUCGGUCGAUGUUCUCUUAUGGUGGUGGGUUUUUCAUUUCAUUUUUACUUGUGGUGUGGUCGGCUUUUUUUUCUACCAAGCUAACCAAUAUAUUAAACAAUAAUUUACAUCAAAUUGCUAUUCAUCCAUUGCAAUUAUCGUCCAUCAUCAACAUUCAAAUUCAUAAUCAUAAUAUCAACAAAUGAAUUAUGUGUACAAUAAAAAAAUGGCAACAUCAAAUACAGCUAUGGCCACAGUAGUAGUAUCAUCAUCAUCAAUAUCAUUGAAUGAUAUGAAUAAUGUUAAUGAUAAUGGUAGCUGUGUUACAACAACAAGUACAAUAAGUUGCGGUAGUACAAGUAGUUCAAGCGGACUUGGUCUUGGUACCGGAUCCGAUAUAUCAUCAUCAUCAUGCGGUGAUUAUCAAACAUUUCCACCUCCACCACCACAUUUACAAUUUUCUCAACAACAACAACAUCAAAAACAUCCACAUCAUGAUCAUUUGGCUAUAGCUACUGGUAAUAAUUUGCCUACACAAACAAAUCGUAUGUCAAUAUCUUCAUCAUCAACACGUCCAUCAUUGUAUUCCCCAUUUAUAUCAUCUGGUUCACCAUCAGCAUCAUCAUCCACAUCAUCAUCAUCAACAUCUAGUUCCGGUAGUGUUGGAAAUGUUGUACAUCAACCACAUCCAAUAGUAUCAUCAAAUUAUACUGCCUAUCAGAAUAUAUCAAAUCUAUAUUCCACAUAUGCUGUACCAAGUCAAUUAUUGCAUAAGAAUCCUCAUACAUCUGUUCAAUGUAUUAAUUUAGAAUUGGAAAAAGAUGAUAAAGGUGAAUUAGGUAUAUUUAUUACUGGUCGACGUGCAGCUGAUGGAACUUUAGGUUAUGUUGUAGCCGGUCUUGAAACUGGAAGUCCAGCACAUAGAUGUGGUCAAAUUGAAAAGAAUGAUGAAGUAUUAACAAUUAAUGGAAUAUUAUUACGUGGAUUAAAUGUAAAUGAUGCUCUACAUCAUCUUAAAUCGCCGGAAAAACUUGUCCGAAUUGUUCUUGUCAAACAACGUUCAUUGAUUAUUACAUCACCAACAUCAUCAUCAUUGAUUAAUCAACAACCAACUGGACAACAAUUAUAUUCGGCAAUUUAUCAGAAUCCUAAACAAUUGUAUUCGUCAACGGCAACCAUACAACCAUUACCACCACCGCCGCCUUCAUCAACAUCAUCGGCAUCAUCAUCAUCAUCGAUAACGAAUCUAAUUAUUCCAUCUGAUAUAAAUAAUUUAUUAUUGAGUCAAACGACAAUCAAAAAUGAUUCAUCAUCUAAUCAUCAAUUAAGUGGUGAAAUCGAUCUGGAUAAGAUGGCUUUGAUAACCAUUUCGAAUGAUGAUUAUAAUAACAAUAAAAAAUUAGUUGAAAAAUCAUCGUCUACCUCGAUCAAUCAUCACAAUAAUAACAACGCCUCAUCAUCGAUCACAACAGGGAAUAUGUCGAAUAAUAAUAAUAAUAAUGAUAAUAAUAUUCAAUCAUCAUCGACAGCAACGUUGACAAGAUCUACAUCGGCACCAUCUAAAUCAAAAAAAUCACUUGGUGCACGUUUAGCAUCAUUGUUGAAUCGUAAAACUACCAAUACCAAUUCAAUGAUGUCUAGAAAAUCUAAUAAUAAUAAAAAUCAUACAUUACCAACAUCGUAUUCUACAUCAUCGAUAUCGACUUCAACAUCCAAUAAAAAUAAUAAUAAUGAUGAAACAAAUAAUAAUGAUAUUAUCAUUGGUUAUGAUGGAAAUUAUAUACGUACACCGAAAAUUCGUUCCAAAUCUAUUGGUAAUAUGUCAUCAUCGAUAUCCGUACCAAAUGGUUUAGGACCAAACAAUACUACUAGCACUAAUAAUAAUAAAAAAGUGCAAAUUAUUACCGAUAAAAAUAAUGAUAAUAAUAAUAACAAUAUUAAUGGCAACAUUACGAUGAACAUUGGUUAUCCUGAUAAUUCAACAUCAUCAUCAUGUAAAUUACGUUAUAUAUCAUUAAACAAUGUUGCUGGUAAUUCAAUUUAUGGCCAUUUUAGUGGCCCAAACAACAACAACAAUAAUAAUACUGCAGUGCAAUAUUCACAACCGAUUCCUUCAACAACAACAACAGCGAGACAACAUCAAGAUCGUUUAUACAAUCCAUAUGUGGCCUUUAAACAACUUCAUGUACAACAACAGGUCAACCAACAAAAUCAUCAUUAUCAUCAGCAAAAUUUUCAUAAUCGAUCGACAUUCGAUAAUGGUUCAGUGUCUCCAUUGAGCCAAGCAUUAUGUACAUUACCACGAACAAAUAAACCAAAACAUUUGAAUUUGAUAAACACGACAAUGAUGGCUGAACCGAAAAAAUCAAACUGUGUUGCCAAUAACAGUGGUGGUAAUAAUAGUGAUCUAGUCGAUAGUGAUCAACAUAAACAAAAAAAUUCAACAUCAAAAGAUCCGUGCAUUAGUUAUGCUGAAAGUUUACUAUCACCAACAAUGAUACAGCCGAUCAUAUUUCCAUCGAUACAAGAUAAUAAUAAUAAUAAUAAUGGUUCUGGUGGUGAAAAUUAUGGCAAAUUGAAUAAUGGUGGUGGCCGUAUCUAUGUUCGAAUGAAUCGACAAUCUAGCCAUCAUGAGAAUAAUAAUCAUUAUAGUAAACAACAUCAUUCAAUGACAUUAAAUCCAAAAAAUAUGACCGAACAAAAUGGCCAUCAUUAUCAACAACAAAAUAGUUCUGAACCACAAACAAUUACAUUUAGAAAAGGGCCAGAUUGUAAAGCUCUUGGCUUUUCUAUUGUUGGAGGUAUCGAUUCACCUAGAGGUGAGAUGUCCAUCUUUGUUAAAACGGUGUUUCCUGAAGGUCAAGCUGCCGAAUCAGGCCAACUUUCCGAAGGUGAUCAGAUAUUGUCGAUUAAUGGCCAAUCGACUGAGAAUCUUACACAUGGCGAAGUGUUACAAAUGUUUAAACGUGUCAAACAAGGCGAAAUUGUAUUACAAAUAUUGCGACUAAAUUCGGCCAUGAAACAUUCAAAUAAAUGCUAUCCAUCUACAGUCGCUAAUGGUGGUGGUGUUACAUUGUCCAGAUCAUGUUUUGAUCUAGAUUUGAUUACCGGUAAAUAAUGUAUCUAGAAAAACUGGUCUCCAAUAAAUGAUGUCCAUAUACGACAUAAAACAAAUGCCAUUCGUGAUAUACACAAACACUCAUCAAUAUCGAAAGACGACUAAGCCAAUAUUGGACGCCAUUUCGAUCUUUAUCAUCCUUUCAUCUUGAUUUUUUUUCAACCAUUUCAAAUUCUGAUGGAUCUCGACAGCAACAAU